AUGCGUGUUCGUGGACUGCAUGUCGUCUUCACCGAUAUUUUUCUUGGAUGCAUCUACGCUGAUCUUCCAGACGUAUAUGAAGCCAUCUUCACUCGGGCACACGACGUACUCAUCGUUAUUGGCGAGCUGUGCCUUGAAUGGCAUUUUAACGUUGCGAUGCCCCUUGAAUUUUUCCAGGUCCAGAAGUUCGUCCUCUUCGUACGCGGUGGCCGUGAGCAGCCUUAUGCGGCAGUCGGACGUGGUUACCAGAAUGAGGUUUUCCCUCCUGCUCCAGUCUACGCCUGUCACGUUGGCCCCACUUGCCCAUUUUCCACGUCUGUUUCUGCAAUCAGCGUUUCCCACCGCCUUCAUCGUUUCGCUGUCGUAAAGCACCAGCCAUCCAGCCGCCGACUCUACGGCGAACGUCUGUCCAGUGGGUGA